AUGGCCUCCACAGGCGACAGCAAGGGCGUCGAGAAGCAGGACAUCCCCGCCUCCUGGCCGGGCCGGGCGCCCUACGUCUCGCCAGCCAUGGCGCCCGCGGACGACCCCAAGCUGCGCCUGGUGCUGCCCACCGCGGAGAAGCGCGGGCACGAGGCGGUGGCGGCAGGCGGGCAGCUGCAGGGCACGCCACCACGCCUGCCUGUGCCUGCCGACGACCCGCAGCAGCCGCCACUCCCGGCGGGCGAUGCUGCCAGCCCGCCAGGGGACGGCAGCAGCAAGCGCCGGCGCGUGCAGAUCAGUCGGGUUGUCCAGGCCAGCGGCACGGACGACGCCUCCUCGCCCACAAGCGCCAGGUCGCGGGAUGGCACGCCUCGCCACGGCGCCUCGCCGCACUCUGGGCGAGCCGGCCUCAGCUACCCCACCAGCCCCAACGCUGCCGCCACCAGCUACCUUGGCGGCGGUGGCGCGGAGCACGCCGCCUUUCCACAGUCGCCACCUCAAGGCGGCAGCGGCAGCUGGGCGGGUCCUGACGUGCGCUAUGACGCCCGCUACGCCGCCCCGCCGCCGCACUACUUCCACCCCGCGCCGCCGCUGGCCUACCCCCUGCACGGCCCGGUGCCAAUGCCCUACCAGGGUCCGCUGCUGCUGCCGGGGCCGCAGCGGCCGUUCCACUACGGAGGGCCGCCGCCGCCGCCGCACCACCACCAGCUGCGGCCGCCGCGCGCCGCGCCGGCAUACCUGGGCCCCCCCAAGGACCCCGCGGUGGCCGCAGCCAUCAGCUGCAACAAGCGCAUCACCGCCGCCACCUACGCCCAGGAAAUCUUCAACAUUGAGCACGCCGUGUUUGACACCGUGUGCCUCGCCACCGCCAUGCACAAGCUGGCCAACCUGCGGGGGGCGCCCAACCUGCACGCCGAGAUUGUGCAGGCGCCCGAGUUCUUCAAGCUCAAGCAGCUCAUACGCGACGAGUUUUUGGCGGAGGUGGCGGAGGAGGUGAAGGGCAAGGCGCGGGAGGGCAACGCCCAGAACGUGGCCAACAUGCUGUGGAGCUUCGCCACGCUGGGCUACCACCCGGGCGACGAGGUGAUGCACGCGCUGGCGGUGGCGGUGCAGCAGAAGCUUGCGGACUUCACCUCGCAGAACAUGAGCAACGCGGUGCUGUCGUUUGCCAAGCUGGAGUUUGACCCGGGCGACGAGCUGCUGGAGGGGCUGGCCGCCGAGGCGCUGCGCAAGAUCGCCACCUUCUCGCCGCAGGCCCUGUCCAACACGCUGUGGGGCCUCAGCAAGCUGGGCAUCAACGCCCCAGAGCUCAUGGAGGGCAUCGGCCAGGCGGCGCGCUUCCAGCUGUACGAGUACAACUCGCAGAACCUGGCCAACUCGGUGUGGGCGUACGCCAACAUCGGCGUCAACCCCGGGGACAGCCUGCUGCAGGACUUUGCGCGCGUGGCGAUCGCCAAGAUGCCCGAGUUCUCCCCCCAGAACAUCUCCAACCUGCUCUGGGCCUACGCCAAGCUCGGCGUGCAGCACGCGGAGCUGUUUGCAGAGGCCGGCAGGCACGCCGCGCGCAUCAUGCACACCUUCACCCCCCAGUCUGUGGCCAACAUGGCCUGGGCCUACGCCACCCUGGACCAGUGCCCAGACGCCACGCUGCUGCACGCGCUGGUGGGCCACGCGGCGCGUAUGCUCCCCGAGUUCUCCCCCCAGAACCUGUCCAACACCGCCUGGGCGCUGGCCACCCUCAAGGAGUGCGAGCCCGGCCUGCUGAGCGGCAUUUCUAUGGAGGUGACGCGGCGCCUGCUGGACCGGUCAGGCGCCGCCGACGACUUCUCCCGCCAGCACCUGGCCAACCUGGUGUGGGCGCUGGCCACGCUGGAGUUCGACCCGGGCAAGCGCUCGCUGAUGUGUAUGGCCGAGGCGCUGGUCACGCGGGCCGACCUGUGCAACCCCCAGGAGGUCCAGCAGAACCUGUCCAACCUGGCCUGGGCCUACUCCAAGCUGGCGCACAUGGAUGAGGCGCUGAUGACCGCCAUCGCGGACCGCGCCGAGUCGAUGAUCCACGACCUCUCCCUGCAGCACUGCACCAACCUCACCUGGGCCUACUCCAGCCUCAAGUGGACCACCCCCACCCUCAUGCCCGCGCUGGUGGCGGAAAGCAAGGCGCGCCUGGCGGACACCCAGCUCAACGUGCAGCAGCUGUGCAACCUGCUGUGGAGCCUGGGCAUCUCCGAGGCGUGCGACAGAGAGGUGUUCCAGGCCUACAUGCUGAUGCUGGCGGAGUCUCCCGACCAGCAGUGGCCCAUCCCGGGGGAGCUGCUGGCCCUGGCGCAGCACGCCUGGGUGCAGGUCAGCGAGUUCCACUCGGAGGUCAGCCGCAUGCUGAGCGCGCUGGGGCAGCCCCACACCAUCGAGCACCUCACAGACGACCACCUCUUCUCUGUCGACAUUGCGCUGCCCGGGGAGAGGAUCGCGCUGGAGGUGGACGGACCCCACCACUUCACCGCCAACACCUUCCGUCCGCUGGGGGAGAUGUACUGCAGGUGGGGGGCGGGUGUACUGCAGGUGGCGGGGCAGACGCACUGCAGGUGGCGGCGCGCGGAUGUGCUGCAAGCGGGCGGCAGCGCACACGCUGCUGCGGGCGCGGGGCUGGCGCGUGGUCCUUUCUACCACUGGAGUGGGGAGUCGGAGGAGAACAGGCAGGCGCUGCUGCAGCGUGCGCUGCGCGAGGCGCGCGCGGCGCCGGUGCCGGCGGUGCACCCCGUGCAGGCCGCGGUGACCGCCCGCCUGGAUGCGAUGCGCCAGCGCUCCGAGGCGCCUGCCUACCCUGCUGAGCAGCAGCAGCAAGCGCAGCAGCAGCAGCAGCUGCAGCCGGAGCAGGAGCACCAGCAGCACCAGGGGCAGGCGCCGCCGCAGCCGCAGGAGCCGCAGCAGGAGCCACAGGCGCAGGGCGCAGGCGGCGGCGGGCCGGUCAGCUCGCCGGCGGCACUUUUGCCAGCCGCAGAGCCCAGCAAACCUGCGGCCAACCCUGUGGCAGCGGCGGAGCCGCCACCCACGGCCUCGCCCACUGCAAGACGGGAGGAGGAGAAGGUGCCGCCUCCACACACCUCGCCCCCGCACCUGCCAGCAGGCCCCGCUCUACAGCUGCCGCUUCCCGCCGGCCCGCCCCCGACGCUGCCGAUACCUUGGGAUAUGCUGUCGUUGCCGGAGCAGCAGCGCUGGCGGCCACCCACGCCCCUAGAAGCGGCGCAGCACCAGGAGGCGCAGGGGCGGGAGCCGGCGCCACGCAGCCCGCCUGCCUUGCUGGCGGGCGUGCCCUCCCAGCCUGGCACAGUCGCCACGCCUGCCGUUGCCCACGAGCAGCAGCCAACUACGGCCCACGAGCCGCGGCCAGUGCAGCAGCAGCAGCAGCAGCAGGAGCAGCAGGCGACGGCCUCGGGUGCCCUCGAUCCGGCAGAGCUGCAGCUGCUGUCAGCCAAGGAGACGGCAGUGCGGCUGCUGGAGAGCCUGGCAGCAGAGCUGCCGGGCUCGGCAGCGCACGCGUCGGCCCCGCCGCCAGUGCCUGCACCGCUCCCUGCCGCUCAGCAGCUGGCGCCACCCAGCGGCACGCCGCCGCCUGCGCCGCCUGGGCAGGAGCAGCGGGGCCAGGGGCAGCAGCAGGCAGGCACGGGGGGCAUAGCCGCAGGCCUGGCAGGACCGUGCCUGGAGUGCCCUGCGCCCGCUCUUGGCCUGCCGCCCCAAGGGGCCGCCGAGCCUGGCGAGGGCGUCACCCAGGCACCUCCCAGCAGCGGCCCGGCGCCGGCUGGGCAGCUGCCGCCUGCCCUGUGA